GGUCACGUGUUCAGUCACAAUUCAGCAUGGCGAGAGAGAAUGUAGUGUUCACAUCAAGUUAAUUCUUCCAAACCUCUUGUUCAUUUUCACAUUCUGCUGCAGUGUCAGUGACUGUGAAACAUAUCCAAUUCGGGCAUUCUAUUUUUUAUUUUCUAUUUUUCAUAGCAAGCAGUCGUGUGUAAAGUCAUUCAAUUUCAGCAUAUUUUUUAAUCACGGUGAAAGUACACAUUUUUUUCAUCUCAUAAUCCAAAGUCCUCGACAUAUUCUUAACUUCAUAUUACCGUAAUUUAUUAAUUAAUGCUUUGCAUUUGACACAUUCCGAAAACUCGACGAUCCGCUUCAUAUUUUUGAUUUUCCGUGAUUAUACUGAGUGCUUACUACGAUGAACAAUACGGAAAAAAAUGACGUAAUCCGCGUUGGAUCUCGAAAGAGUGAGUUGGCUCUGAUACAAACUAAACAUGUAAUAAAAUGUUUAAAGGAAAUUCAUCCAAAAAAAGAAUUUGAAAUAGUAACAAUGAAUACCAAAGGGGAUAAGAUUCUGGAUAAAUCUCUACCAAAGAUUGGAGAAAAAUCUUUAUUUACUGAAGAACUAGAAUUGGCUUUGGAAAACGGUAAUGUUGAUUUUGUGGUGCAUUCAUUGAAAGAUUUACCCACUACAUUGCCUAAUGGAAUGGCUCUAGGUGCAAUAUUAAAACGUGAGGAUCCACGUGAUGCAGUAGUCAUGUCAAAGAAAUUUGAAGGUCAAACGCUAUCUUCUUUACCAAAAGAUAGUCUUAUAGGUACUAGUUCCUUACGAAGAUCGGCGCAGCUUGCACGGAACAUGCCACAUUUAAAGGUAGAAAAUAUUCGUGGAAACCUAAAUACCAGAUUGAAAAAGUUAGACGACGAAAACGGUUCCUAUGCCGCAAUAAUAUUAGCUGCCGCUGGUUUAAAAAGAAUGGGCUGGGAAGACAGGAUAAGUCAAAUUUUAGAACCCGAAGAGGCUCUCUAUGCUAUCGGUCAGGGUGCAUUAGGUGUCGAAUGUCGAGAAACCGACUGGAAAAUACGUUCUCUCUUAGAUCCAUUAUUUGAUGUAGAAACUACAGUAAGAUGUGUAUGUGAACGUUCGUUCUUAAAAACUCUUGGUGGUGGGUGUUCCGCACCAGUCGCUGUAUCAUCGUCAUUAAAGAAGAAUGAAUUAACAAUUACUGGUGCUGUGUGGUCUCUGGAUGGCAAGACUGAAAUUACAAGCACUUGUAGCUGUAAGUUGUAUCUACCUGACGAUGAUGGUGAACCCCCACGGAAAUGUCCAUAUCAAGAGCCCCGUCUUUACUGUAGCGUUGUUACUGGUAAAGUAAGCAGUUUAAGUCUUGCUGGCGCAGAGCUAUUAGGUGAAGAUUUAGCUAAAAAUCUUAUAAAAAAUGACGCUCUCGAUGUAAUGUUGAAAGCCAGAAAUGAAAUUUUGGAUUCGAAAUAAGAGUUUCGUGUGUUAACCGUUUGAGUCCCAAGCAGCGCGAUCGCGCUGUUGAGAUUUUAUGUCGAGAAAACCCAGCACAUUUCGAGCAAAGCGCGGUUGCGCUGUUUGGGAUUCUUCGACAGUGUUUUUUCAAUAUCCCCUGGGACUCAAACGGUUAAAAUAUAGCUAAUUUAUAUUUUGAUUUUUUUCUUGAUAGCCAGAUUAUGUACUUAAAAAAUAUUUACAUUUGUAUGCAAAGUGACAAUUAUCAAUAAUCGUUUGACCUUCAUAAUUUCAUUUAUAUGUAAAUAUAUAUAUAUAUAUCUAAUUUGUGUGUAAAUAUAUAAUUUUUAUUUAUAUUUGCUCAAGAUCAGAAACUUGAUCAAUAUCAAAAACUUUGAUUGAAUUAUGACUUAUUAUUACUGGUUUUCAUUUCUUUUGUGUUCCGUGUUUCACACAAAAAGUACAAAACAAUAUAAUAUAUACGAUAGUAUAAUUUGUUUAAGGACAACUGAUUUUCUUUCAUGUAACUGUAAAAAUAACUCAUCACAUUCCGAGGAUCGAAUCCCAUCUUUUUUAUGAUAUUGCUAGCUUUGUUUCGUACAUUGUUAUUGUUUUUUUUUUAUUUUUUUGCUUUUGGCGCAUCGUAGAAAAAGAUCUAAAAAAUUUUUUGGAUUUUUUUGGAAGAUGAACAACUUUACAGAUCCUUAUAUAACCAGCCGAAUUCAUUUCAGUUGUCCUGCGAAUCCUACUAUACUAAAAGUUUUACAAAGUUCUGCGUUUUUACAAACAUAUAGUGUACAAUAAUGUACAAUAGUGUAUUUGUGAUGUGUGAAGAUCAUUGCAUGUUAAAUGAUAUAUAGUCUAUUUCGUAAUUUAUCAUGUUUAAAAAAGCAACUGUUUAUAAAAAUAUUGUUAAAGAUAUUUUUAUAUAUUGCAACUCAAUAUUUAUUGUGAAAUAGAAACUGCCAUGUUUAGGAUCACUAACAGUUGUAACACUUCCAUUUACAAUUAGGUAAAAUCAAUUUUAAUCAAGUUUUAUAUGCCGGAUUUAUAAUGUUAAAACGAUUCUAGAAAUCUUCCUUCAAUUUUUCAUUUUAUAAAGACAGUAAAAUUUCAAAUAUUUAAUUGAACAUAUAUAUGUUUAAACUUUUGAU